AUGAGCCCCACAAGUCUGGUUCACCAGGUUGCCUGGACCCCCGCUGUACUAUCCGAAAAGCCCGUGGAACUGAGAAAAGUGAUCUUCCUAGCAGAUGACAAAACGGAAAAUGUCAAUUUGUCCUCCUACACGAAGACAGCUACCAACGAGGGCCUGGAGAUAGUCAUUGUUAAUGAUGCCUCGGAACUUGACCCGGAAUUAGUGACUGGUAAUAUUGUCGUUCAUAUUCCUCUUUUAUCAGGAGACAGGAAUGGUAUAUAUAAUGCUGUCACAAAAUCAUGUGCUAGCCUGGUUGCAGCAGCACAGAUGAUGCAGAAAUUUAGUCAAUCUCCAUGCCCCUCAGGAAUGCAUGCGAGUUACAAGCUGAUCUCUGUCACCAACAUGGACUCUAGCGUCAAUGAUCUGGGAUUUGCGCCACUUCGCGGUUUGGCGCGUGUGUUGAAAGCAGAGAUACCAGAAAUCUUCAGCGGCCUUUUUGAGCAAGAUCGAGAGGGCUUUCCCCUUUCCGCAAUCAGAAAUGCUUGUGGGUUUGACGUGAUCAAAAUCCGUGACGGUGUACCACAGAUUGGUUUGUUGCAGUCGGUUCCCCAAGACUGCAUUGAAGAGAAGGAACUGCGACUGAGACCUGAUGGUACAUAUCUGAUCACGGGCGGGACAAGAGGUAUGGGCAUUGAGAUUGCAACAUGGAUGUGUGAGCGCGGCGCGAGAAGCCUUCUAUUGGUAUCUCGUCGUGGUUUAUCGUCCAAUAUGAAUCUGGACGAGAAAGAAAAAGACCCAGACCACGACAAGCUUGCCUCACGGAUCAUCGAGCUGAAGGCUCGAGGGACUCAAGUUCACAUCCUUGGUAUUGACCUUGGUCAGCCAGGGGCAGACUCAAUCCUGGGCCAAGCUAUUCAAGAUCUGAACCUUCUCCCAGUGAAGGGAGUCUUCCAUGGGGCCGGUAUUGCGGGUUAUCAUACACUUCAAACUUGCACCGCUUCUGAUAUCGCGGACGUGCUAGCGCCAAAGGUGGUUGGAGCUUUGAAUCUCGACACCUUAUUUCCGCCGGGACAGCUAGACUUUUGCUUCUUCGCGUCUUCAGUGGGUCAACUGGUUGGAUUCCCCGGUCAGCUCUCCUAUGCCCCAGUAAAUGCAUUCUUAGAUGAGCUGGCGACGUAUAGGAGAAAGCAAGGCGACAAUUGUACGUCAAUUCAAUGGGGCAGUUGGCGCGAUGUGGGGUUGAUGGCACGGAGCAAGUCGGCCACACGGAUGAUCAACAAGGGAAUGCAAUCUACUGGAAUUGCGGCGAUGACAAAAGAAGAGGCGCUCUUGGCUUUGGAGAGAAUCACCUUUCUUGAAACAGACAAUGUUGCUGUCGUUCGCGUGUUGGAGCUCCAGCCUGACGAACCCUCACGUCACCCAAUACUGGAGAAUGUCACACCGCGCGCUGAGCCACAGACCUCCGGAUUCGACAAAUAUCCAGAGCACUCAAUCGCAGUGGUAGGAAUGGCAUGCCGAACCGCAGCGGGAGACACACUGGAGGACUUCUGGGAGGUGAUUCGAGAGGGGCGCAGUAUGGCACGGGAAAUGGACAUCAACCGAUUUCCUGAUGCCCCCAAAGGAAAGCUCUGGGGAAACUUCCUUUCGGAAAUUGACUCAUUUGAUCAUCAGUUUUUCAAAAAGUCGAAGCGCGAGGCAUCGGCACUUGAUCCGCAUCAACGUGUUCUUCUCCAAACCACCUACCAUGCGCUAGAAUCAGCCGGAUGUUUCGGUGGCGGAAAGCGGCAAAAACCAGAGAGUUAUGACAAAACGAAGAACGAAGACACGACGGGCUGCUUUAUUGGUAUGAACGCGCCUGAUUACGCACUGAAUCUGGCCUGUCAUUCACCCUCCCCUUAUGCCGCUCUUGGGAUGCUCCGCUCCUUUGUUUCCGGGCGAUUGAGCCAUUAUUUUGGCUGGACAGGACCUUCGCAUGUUGUCGACACGGCUUGUUCCUCGGCUAUGGUGGCAAUUCAUCAAGCCUGCCGUGCCAUCCAGGCAGGGGAAUGUACACGGGCCGUGGCGGGUGGCAUCAAUCUCAUUACCAACACGGUGCUAUCCGAAGCUUUACGGGCAGGUGGAUUCACCAACCAUACUGGUGCCUGCAAGACAUUUGAUGCACUGGCAGAUGGUUACUGUCGUGGCGAAGCCGUUGGUGUGGUGGUGCUGAAGCCCCUGGCGAAAGCACUAAAGGAUGGCGAUGACAUCCAAGGCGUCUUGCUGGCGACUGCUAAUAAUCAGAACGUCAAUUAUACCACCAUCACAAACACCGUAUUGGAGAGCCAGGUUGCACUUUACAGAGAAGUACUCGCGCGCGCUGGGGUUAGUCCACGAGCUGUAUCCUACGUCGAAGCCCAUGGCACGGGAACUCGCGCCGGUGAUCCCGUGGAGGUCGCCGCAAUACGCCAAGCGCUCGGAAUGACGGCGAAAGAUAGGACACAUCCUUUGCACAUCGGCGCCACGAAACCGAACGUGGGCCAUGCCGAAGGGGCUUCGGGCGUGGUGUCUUUGAUCAAAGUGUUGCUCAUGCUGAAGCACGGCAAGAUACCCCCACAGGCUCAAUUUCAAACCUUGAACCCAAAUAUCGCUCCUCUCGAGCCAGAUGGACUUGCUAUUUCGCAAUCUCUGCAAAGCUGGGAUGACAACUGGAGAUUGGCACUGGUCAACAAUGCUGGUGCUUCGGGCAACAAUGCAUUUGCCGUUCUCGCACCUGCUCCUAUGCCUUCGCGCAUAGAGAUGCCACGGCUUAAUUCGGCCAAAGCGGCGUGGCCGAUCUUUAUUUCCGCGGCAUCCAGAGAAAGCCUUGUCGCGUACUGUGCGAAACUCGAAGACCAAAUCCGAAAUGGCUGGUUCGCUCCUGAAACGGUGCCUCAUGUUGCCUUUACACUAGCAACUAAACAAAACCGUCAACUCAAGCACACGUUCUGCACAAAGGCAACAUCGUUUGAGGAUUUGAAAGCCCAGUUAUCUGUGCCGGACAAGCAUGUUGCAGCGUCGUCAAAGCCAAAACCGAUCAUUCUCAUGUUCAGCGGACAGAAUGGCAAUGUUGUACCAGGAACUCAAGCAAUGUACGAUGGUUCCGCGCUUUUCCGGAAGUAUUUGCACGAAUGCGAGAACGUGAUGCAGUCUCUUGGCCUUCCAAGCCUUUUGCCGGCUACAUUGCAGGGAAUUGGUGGGGACGCCGAUCUUCUUAUCAGACACGCUGCCAUGAUUGCAAUUCAGUAUGCCUGUGGAAUGGCUUGGAUUGACUCAGGUAUAACUCCAGACGCAGUAUGCGGCCAUUCGCUGGGCGAGUGGACAGCGAUGGCAGUUUCAGGUGCUAUAUCGCUAGAAGACUGCAUGAGACUUGUCACUGGUGCGCACCUGGGGUUUUUUCAAAGGGAACACGCUGAGACCAGGCUCGACAUAGCGUGUUAUAACGGACCUAAUAAUUACGUCGCAGCAGGUAGCACGAGUGGCAUCGAAAAGCUUGAAUCAUACCUCAAACACAAAAAGGAAAGUGGCGAGAAGGUGCGGUACAAGGUUAUGAGAGGAAUGCAUGCGUACCACUGCGUCUUGGUCGACUCGAUACUAAAUGAGAGCGGUGAUUUGUGCGAUGCGAUCAAGUACCAGGACACAAUUUUCCCCUUUGAAACAUGCCAUGAAGGCCCUUGGAAUGUCCCAGGUGGAGAUAUCAUCGCACGAAAUACCCGCGGGUCCGUCUACUUCACUCAAGCCAUCUCCCGAAUUGUAAGUCGACUGGGCCCAUGCACGUUCCUGGAAGCUGGGAUCGGAGGUCCAAUUGUCCCCAUGACCAGAAAUGCGCUUCUCCAGUCCCAAAGCCAGCACCAAUUCAUUGCAGUCAGUGCCAAAGAUCCUUUGCGAUCGCUUGCCGAAGCCACUGUCUCUCUAUGGAAGGAUGGACAGUCAAAUUUGCAGUUUUGGCCGUUUCACAGAGAGGAGAGAGCAGCCUAUGUCUCAGUGAGUCUGCCUUCGUAUCAAUUCGAGCAAUCCAAGCAUUGGGUCAAGUAUACUGGGCUCGCAAGCAAAAGCGAAAGCACCGAUGAGCAAGGAAAUCAGCAACCUGCAACCUGCCCUCACUGCUUGAAGAAUACAAGCGACUUUCCUUAUAUUGCAUUGGACAGAUCUGGAGGCAACGGCACAGUCCAGUUUGUGUUCAAGGUCGACAUACGAAGUCGUCGCUAUCAGGACCUUGUUAGUGGUCAUGUCGUGGUUGGAUCCCCGAUAUGUCCAGCGGGUAUGUACCUGGAGCUGGCUUCACAUGCACUCCUGCUAUUGCCAGAUGCGGCCAAUCCCAGCACUUCCUGGAAGAUUACAAGUGAUAAAUUGAAGAUCAAAAUGCCCCUCGGCCUGGACACACAGCGAGAAGUCAAGCUAUCUCUCACAAGCCAAGGAAGAGGUACCUGGGAGUUCGAGCUGUCAUCCACCAAAGGCAAAGGGAAGUCAAACUCGCAUGGCGCCGGCAUCAUUCGCUUACAACAAAAAGUCCAUGAUGGGAUUGACGGCAACUCUGACGAUAGAGAGAAAUGGGAUCGCAUUUCCUAUCUUCUGGACGAGGAUGAAGAAACAGAAUCUUUGCGCGGGACGAUGGUGUACAAGGUGUUUGGAACAAUGGCCAAAUAUUCGCCGGCCUACAAAGGCAUCAAGUAUCUGGUCGGCAAAGGGUCCGAGGGAGCAGGCGAGAUCAAGAUGCCAGUGCAAGACUCAGGAGCCAUCGCUACAUCACCAAACAGCAAAAUUGCGGACCCAGUGCUUAUGGACAAUUUCUUGCAAGUGGCGGGUGCUUUCGUGCAUUCUAUGCGUGGUAUUGAAGGGGACGGAGACGCUGAUAUGGCUUGUAUUUGCACAGGCAUGGGCCGUGUUACUCCGCUAAGUGAGCUCCAGGGCAGUGGCAGGUAUCGAGUCUAUGUGAAAGUUCUUCAAGAGGACGAGAAUCAAGUUCUGCUGGAUGUUUCUGCCUUCGACAAAGAAACAAGGAAGAUGAUCUGGUCAGCUGAAAGUCUUUCGUUUGCUCGAGUGCCCAGAAAGACUCUGGGCAAGGUCGUAGCAGCGGCGAGUCCGGCGAAUGUUGCAGAGAAUUUGACUGAAUUACCAGCUGCUACUGUUCUGCCUCCGCCCACGCCCAACAAGUCUCCCGAAUUCUCCUCUGAAAAGGAUGUGUCUGAGCCCUUGCAAGUCGAGAGGAAGGGAAGCUCUGUGGAUGUGUUUGGAGGCGUCCAAGUUCUUCUCAGCGAGUCCCUGGAUGUCGGAAUAUCGGAGGUCACCAAGGAGGCAUCAUUGGCAGAUCUCGGGGCAGACUCGCUCGUUGGGUCUGAGAUCCUAGCUCUUGUGACUGCCAAGUUCGAUAUAGAGAUCGCAACGGAUAUUUUUGCGACGGUUACAGAUGUGACAUCUUUGUGCAAGCUCAUCUCCAACCAGCUGAGAAUUGGAUUCACGAAACCCAACAAGGUUGAGAACAUUGGGGACUCAAAACCGGUAUCAAGCAAUCAAAUACCCAAUGACCCGCCACCGACUUGGCAAAAAACCAUUUUCGAGAUCUUGAGCCGAUCGCUUGGGCUAGAUGUUUCCGAUAUCGAGAUGGAUUCGAGGAUGGAAGAUUUGGGUGUGGACUCUCUGGUCGAAGCAGAGAUCGUCAGCAACCUGAAUGGUGCGUUUAAUUUGAGUACCUCCCCGUCAGACUUUGCUUCUGUUGAGAACGUGGAAUCGCUAUGCAAUUUUUUUGCUGUAACCCUGGGCAUAGCUCAGAUCAACGGGCAAAGCUCGAGUGCCUCUCAUGAUUCCCCUCUAAGCCCGAUAUCAUCGGCCAGUACAUUGUCGAAUUCAGACGAGGACUCAACCGGCCCACGGGACGGCGAGAAGCGAAUUCCAAGCCAAAGUGAUACGCUAUUGCUGUGGAAAAGCUUCCAGCAAGCUCGCUGGGGGUUUGAUGGCCAUGCCAGGGACAACAACCUAACUGGCUUCUGGGACAACGUUUACCCACAACAGCUGGCAUCUGUGGCUGCAUUCAUCGCGGAGGCCUUUGAAAAGCUCAACUGUCCUAUUCGGACUUUUAACCAGGGAGAGAGACUUCCGGAGUUACAAGAGACAUUACCGCAGUGGUAUAGAGAGGUUCCACGGUUGUGGGAGAUCCUUGAAGAGGCUGGCAUUGUUGAAAAGGCAGGAGGAGUGUUCGUGCGUGGUUCAGCGCCUCUCGAAGAAAAUACCGGUGACCAACUCACUGUGAAACUGAUUGCUGAUUUCCCGCAAUAUAAGUCGUCGCACGGUCUCUUUCAUCUCAUUGGGCCCCAUCUAGCGGAGUGCUUGACAGGACGAACCGAUCCUGUUUCCCUUCUUUUCGGCAACGAACAGGGUCGCAGCCUCCUCGCAGACUAUUAUGCCCAUGCACCAGAUCUCAAUGCUGCAACCAAGGUUUUGUGCGACUUCUUCUCUGCGGCCAUUCAGGCACGAAGUUCUGGCUCCAGCGGCGAAGCUCUGCAGAUUCUGGAGCUCGGCGCUGGUACAGGUGGUACAACCAAGCAUCUUGUGCCGGCGCUCCAAGCUACCGGGCUGCCGUUCACCUAUACCUUCAGUGAGAUCUCUGCAUCCCUUCUUGCACGCGCCAGGAGAACAACAUUCAAGGGUAUUAUGGGGGUGGACUUCCGAAAGCUGAAUAUCGAGGAAGACCCCCCGAGGAGCUUCUGGGACCUCAUACGGCCAGAUGGGUGUGUAGCUUUGGUCGAAGCAACGCAAAGACUUGCUUGGUAUGAACUGGUCUGGGGCCUUCUAGAUGGGUGGUGGCUAUUCAACGACGACCGCACUUACCCGCUCCAGAGCCCAUGGGAUUGGGAGCGAGAAAUGCAUAGCGCAGGGUUCGCACAGGUUGGUUGGUCCGAAAGCACGAGUCGUGAAUCCCGAGAUGUCCGAGUGUUCUGUGGAAUGGUGAACGAUGUAUCGCCAUCAUCUGUAACGAAAGCAACUUCGGUGCUGCUACACCGCGCUUCCGCUUCAGUGAACCGCAGCGCCUUUUUGAUCCCCGAUGGGUUUGGCUCUGGUGCAGUGUUCGCCGCACUCCAACCAUUGUUCGCUCCUCUUGCAGAGCUCUCGGUUUACGCGCUCAAUAGCCCUUUCCUCAAAAGUAUCCCUGAUUUGAACCACCAACCAUCUCUCGAGGAGCUUGCCGGGAUUUAUGUUGCUGAGAUCAAGCGUCGGCAGCCCAAGGGGCCUUAUAUACUUGCCGGUUACUCUAUCGGUGGCGUGGUAACUUAUGAAGCAGCGAGACAGCUUCUUGAGUGUCAAAAUGAGAUCGACAAAUUGUUCCUGAUCGACACGAUCUGUCCGACCCUCGGGACCUGCCUUCCAGAUAGCAUAGUCGGCUUUUUGAAUUCAAUUGACAGGGUCGGGAUGGUCAAUGAAGCCGAGCUCCGACAAGAGAGCAAAGGCCUUCCUAUAACAACGGAUCACUUCACCUUGUCACGACAGCAGCUCAUGAAAUACCGAGUAAGCAAGUUGCCAGGUAGGAAGAUCCCGCGAGUUGUGCUCAUUUCGGCGAAGGAGGGUGUGGACAAACAAAGCACAAUCUCAAGACCAAAAGUUCUACCAGAGGAGCAGAACAUCGCGGACUGGUUUUUGGACGAUCGUCCAGGUGAAAGCUCCUUUGGGUGGGAUGAACUUUUGGGAAGCGGAAGCGUGGACGUUAUUCGCGCUGACGGCAAUCAUUUCUCUCUGAUGAUGCCACCAAAUGUCAGUGUAUUCGACAUGCUAUAUCGUCCAGCAGUCGCUAAUGUGUUGCAGAUUCAUGAAUGGGGCUCAAGAUUUGUAGAACUGCUUGUUUAG